CGUGUUGUCAUGGCAACUGUACAGCAUGCGCUUACUAAAACAAGAGCUUGACCGUUCACCGACAGUUCUCUCGACAUUCGACAUCUCCGACGCCAUCUUCUUCUCCCAUUUAUCGCAAAACAAAGACGGAGGAGCCGCGCAGAGGCUGAGGGAAGCCGAGGAGAGUCGACGAUGAGCGGAGCCAAAGCCCGCAGCGACGCGCCUGUUGCUGAAAACGUCCCCGGCGGCGGCCACGGCACCGCGGCCCCACCGAGGGACCGCAAGCCGGGCGGAGGGGUUCUGAAGAGGCUCAAGUCCCGCAGGAGCCAGGUGGACAGCAGGCCCGUCACCGAGGAGGAACUCCGGACGCAAAGUGGACACAUCAGCCCCGAGGAUGUGUUAGGACUGAGAGUGGCGACCCGAGGGUACCUCUGUAAACCUGAGGAAAAUGUUUAUAACAUCGACUUUGUGCGCUUUAAGAUCAGAGAUCUGGAGACCAGCACAGUCCUGUUUGAGAUCGCCAAACCCCCACAUGCAGAAGAUGAUGAGGAGAACAGAGAGGGAGAUGCCAGCGUGGGUCGGUUUGUACGGUACCAGUUCACCCCAGCCUUCCUCAGACUGAGGACUGUGGGAGCUACGGUGGAAUUCACAGUUGGAAAUCGGCCUCUGAACAACUUCCGAAUGAUUGAAAGGCAUUAUUUCCGUGAUCACCUGCUGAAGAGCUUUGACUUUGACUUUGGAUUCUGCAUCCCGAACAGUCGUAACACCUGCGAGCACAUCUACGAGUUCCCUCAGCUGUCUGAGAGUCUGGUCCGUCAGAUGGUGGAGUGUCCUUAUGAAACCCGGUCAGACAGUUUCUAUUUCGUGGAGAACAGACUGGUCAUGCACAACAAGGCAGACUAUGCCUACAAUGGAGGACAGUGAUACCUGCCUGUUAGCAUGCAAAAAAAA